CCUCUCCAGGUUCGCCACACCACGCUAUAUCCUCUGCUCUACUACUACAGUUGUUCUCCCGUGACAAGUUCGUUUUCUCCUUCGAAAUCGCAUCCAUGGAACUGGCCGCUUCAGCUUCGGUGUCCGUCUGCUCGGCGUACCACCACCUCUCAACGCCGGCUGAGGCCAACGACGACAGCACGCGGUCCCAACCGCAGCUGCAGCGCCGGAGGAAACAGGCCGCUGGCAGUGGCAUCGGUGGGCUCCGGUCCCGGUGCCAUGCUGUUCUGAAGCAGCAGAGGACGAGGCUGUACAUCCUCCGGCGGUGUGUCUCGAUGCUGCUGUGCUGGAACGAGCACGACAUGUCCGACUGAGCUCACACGAGGGCCCGGUGGUUUUUGUGCGGGCUGGGUCAGGGCCGGGCCUGUAGACCGGCUCGGUCUGUAGGAAGGAAUGGUAGAGUGUUUGGUGUAUCAUAUUCCAUACUUGUUUAUUAACAAUUGUCAUGACAUGAGGUUUUUUUUAAUCUGAUGAUGUGUAAGUGAAUGGGAAAUGUGAUGACAUGUGAUGGAAUUGGUUGCUUA